AUGGUCGGCAUCACUCCGCCUUACCUGUUCUCGCCAGUCAAUCAGCAGGACAGGGAUCCGAGCUACGACUUUGACCCAAAGGCCGUUACGCGUGCCAGCUACUGCUCAAUCGCUUCUUCAACGUCGACUCCUAAGCCCAAGCAGGAGGGUCCACUGAUCGACUUCAACAGACACCCUGAUAGCUACAUCAUCGUUUCCUCAGCCCGUCCCAAUGUCCCGCCUAUGCAUCCAAACACAAAGCAGAGGAUCAACACGGCCCGAUGGAUUCAGUUUGCUCUUCGUUUGCUCCAGCUCGCUGCUGCUCUGGGCGCCCUGAUAUGUGUCAUCAUUAUCAGAGGGGUCAACGAUGUUCAGGGUUGGAUACUCAGGAUCCCUCCUGCUGUGGAUGCUGUAGUCUGCACCUAUGCCCUCUACAACCUUCAGCGCUCGCCGAGAAGACGUCCUCCAACAUCUUCGGCUAGUUACAAUGCCUUCUCUUUCUUUGCCGACAUUGCCCUGUUACCUUUCUAUGUCUUCAUUGCUUUCUACACGGCUACCAACUGGACAAUGGCACCUGAUGCUGAUGGUCGUUGGUCUACUUUCUUCCACUCCUCGUCCAAGGAUGGCAAGGUGCUCGAAUCUGCCUUCCUCAUCGGUACUGUGGCAGGUGCUUUGCAUCUGUUCAGUACUCCCAUUGACAUCUACUUGUUCUCGACCUUCAAGAAGAUUUCUCAGUACCCUCCCGACAUGAACCCCCUGGAGGAUAAUCUCACCAGCAGGAUCAAUCGUAAGCAUACUUACAAGAGUAGUGAUGCAUCGGCAGCCAUGUCCGAGCAAAGACUGGCCAUGUUGAGUGGCAGCUCCUUGAGUCUCAGCAGCCCUGCCCGUGUCUCAAACAUGGAUAAGCUCAUCCCUGAGGCCAAUGUCCGACCCAUGUCCUUCUACCAAUCACGCACCAACCUGGACCCUAGCUACUCUGGUCAUACUCAGGAAUCUGCUCGCCAAUCCAGAUUUGAAUAUCAGCAACCGGCUUCUGCUUAUGUAUCGCAAACCAGCCUGCACCGCACCUCGCAGUCUCAUGAGCGUGAACGUUCCCGUUCGCGAUCCUCUCGACCUCAGUCAUUCCAGCGUUACGCAAACCAAAGACCUACUACUCGUGAUUCCGUCCAUGAUCCCAUGCCAACCCGCCCACUGUCUUUCAUCACUGCUUCAGAGAAUUUGAGCCGCACUGGCACUCCUCAAUCUGGCCGCGGAUCUCAGAAGGAUCCAAGUGCACAAGCGUUGCUCAAUGACAACUGGUUCGUCCUCGCUGAUGACGAUGCCGAUUUGUCUUCUCCUCGCCGUACUCCCGUUCCCGAACUCGUGUCCGACCGCGACUCCAGUCCCGAGGCCCACGAGCCGAAUGUCACUCAGCUUCGUUUCGCCAGCGAGGAGUACAACGAACUUCUGCCCAAGCCUCUUCGCAUGCAUCCUCCUACUCCUCCAGAGCGCUCGUUUGAUGCUGCCGAUUUCUACUUUAAUGACAUGCCCAAUGGUACUCUCGAACUCGACGACUACUCUCUACAUCAGAUUCAAUCCAACACAAGCAUUGGACGUGCUUUGAGCCCUCCGGCUACCGAAGCUGCUGCGGUGUCCGCCAAGUCAUCAUUGUAUUCUCAGAGCCCCGAUGAUACCAGCCGCUCGAGUACACCUAAGGUCAAGCGCUAUGGCAACUUGACUCCCGCCAUCAAGGACCUCCAGGAACAGACCGUGCCUAGAGGCCAAGGUCGUGUCGUCAGCAGGACUGGCGUCGACAUAGCUGAUGCAAGCGUACUUUACUUCUCAUCUGAUGAUUCUCAUAGCGCCCGCGCGCGCAAUGUGAGUGGCAAGGUCGCUGAAGAAGGUCUUGGCGGAGCAUGGGCUAGGAAGAGACAUGUUAGCGGAAAGGCAUGA